GUGCCUCCAUGUGUUUGACAUCUCCUCCUUUAUUUUCUUUGGGGAAAUGUUCAAGAUUUCUUGUAAGUGAGAGAAAAAAAGGAAGAAAAAUCCCUCUUUUUCUUUGAAAUAUCUUAAAAAUCUUAUCUUUUUUAUGUGAUCAAGAAGCACUGAUUGAUUCAUUCAUCAAGAACAGCAAAUGGGCAUUUUAAAUGAUGAUGCAGUAGUGAUUAAAGAAGCACAAACAGCAGGAGACAACACUCUCAUCACUGUAAAUUGUCCAGAUAAAACAGGCCUUGGCUGUGAUUUGUGCAGAAUCAUUCUCCUCUUUGGUCUCAGUAUUGCAAGAGGAGAUGUAUCAACAGACGGGAAUUGGUGUUACUUGAUUUUUUGGGUGGUUGGUAAGCCAACGACCAGGUGGUACUUAUUGAGAGAAAGGCUACUAGAGGUAUGCCCGCCGUGCACCCCGGCGUUAUCGGAUAUUUACUACUUCCGGCCAGAGUUUCAACAGCCAAAGCCGCCUAAGGUUUUCCUUCUAAAGUUCUGGUGUACUUUUGACCGAAAAGGCCUCUUACACGAUGUAACAAAAGUCCUUUAUGAGCUAGAGCUUACGGUUAAGCGAGUAAAAGUGUUUACUGCACCAGACGGGACAGUCAUGGACCUUCUGUUUGUCACAGAUACAAGAGAACUUCUACAUACAGCAAGACGACAAGAAGAAACGAAAAGUCAACUAAACGCGAUGUUAGGAGACAACAUGAUUAGUUUUGAGAUUGAAUUGGCGGGUCCCGGAGUCAUGGCUAACCCUCAAGGAACAGCAUUUCUUCCACCUGCAAUCACAGAUGACAUGUUUGGUUUGGAAUUCAGUGGGACCCACAUGGGCGGUGCACUCACGUCCGACCGUGUGUCUAUUACAAUCGAUAACCAGCUUAGCCAUUCACACACUGUGGUUCACAUAGUUUGUCAAGAUCAUAAAGGCUUGAUAUACGACAUCAUGCGGACCUUAAAAGAUUACAACAUUCAGACAUCAUACGGACGGUUCUCCUCCAAAGCGAAAGAAAAGUUUGAAGUCGACUUGUUUAUAAUGCAAGUAGAUGGAAAGAAAAUACUCGACCCCGAGAAGCAAAAAGUGCUUUGCUCGCGUCUAAGGAUGGAGCUCGUUCGUCCACUUCGAGUGGAAGUGAUGAGCCGUGGUCCCGAUACCGAGUUGUUGGUGGCUAAUCCGGUUGAGCUAGCCGGAAGAGGCCGACCGCUCGUGUUUUAUGACAUCACACUCGCCAUAACAAGUCUCAAUAUCCGCAUUUUCUCCGUUGAGAUUGCGAGGCACAGGAUAGAUGAUCGAGAAUGGGAAGUUUAUCGGGUUCUACUCGAUGAAGGGGAUGUGGCUUUGGUGCCAAGGAGGUUGAUCAAAGAAUGUGUUGUGAAGAACUUGAUGGGAUGGUAAUAGUAUAAUAUAUGGAGUGUAGAUAUAGAAUAUGUAUGGGGGGUCACUCAUCACCCCAUUAUUAAGUUGUAUAUAGUUAUCAUAUACAUCUUAACAAAUGACUAGUACAGUGUGUAACUUAAUGUGUACAUAUUUGGCUUGUAGUUAUAUUAAUUAAUGCGGUUUAUUUUAAUUUUUGGA